AUGGCUCGCACCAAGGUGACGGCUCGGAAAUCCACUGGAGGAAAAACCCCUCGGAAGCAACUUGCUGCAAUGAUUGUGCAUGCCGCUCGUAAGAUAGCUCCUUCAAUGGGACAAGUGAAGAAGCCUCACCGGUACCGCCCUGGAACUGUAGCUCUACGUGAAAUCCGCAAGUAUCAGAAGGGCACUGAGCUACUCAUAAGGAAGCUGCCCUUUCAAAGGCUUGUUAGGGAGCUUGCCAUGGCUUCAAAGAGUGAUCUACGGUUCCAAAGCCAUGCGGUUCUUGCUUUGCAAGAGGCAGCAGAGGCAUACCUAGUGGGUCUCUUUGAAGACACCAACCUAUGUGCUAUUCAUGCCAACCGUGUCACCAUCAUGUCCAAGGAUGUUCAACUUGCUAGGAGGAUCCGUGGCGAGAGGCCUUGA